UGUGAUGAUGAUGAUGCGCAUUGCAUUGCAUUGAUUGUGCGACUUGAGAGGACAUCGAAAUGCAAAUAAGCGAUAUCAGACGUGUAGAUCUCGGUAAUAUGCAUAAAUCAUACCCUCACAGAGACAGGCUGCAAACAAGGCACGUAAAAUGACGUAUGGUGUUCAUUCAUGUGAAAGCUGCAGCGUUUGGAUCCACUAAAAUAAACAUUUAAAUACAUCAUAUGCUUUAUAUAAGCGCAUUAUAAGCUGUAUUAAACCAAGCAUCGUGUUGUGUUGUUGAAAUCUUGUGACUGCCGUCAUUAUUUAUCUGGCUCGUGCUUAACCGUCCCCCCCUCCGGGAGCAGUGGUACAGUCUCACAGAUUUCAUUCAUAAAAAUCUGCCUCACUAUAAAGAGAAGAAGCGCUGAUGGCUGGUGCCUCCUAGCGUAGUAACCUCAGUCUAGAGAUUUAUUUUUUCCUGCCUUCCUCCAAAAGCCUGCAUUUGUUGACAUUGCUCAUAUAUUAAUUCGGUUUCCAGCAUUUUCCUGGCGCGACCUACAGUAGCAUUAGUGAUGCCAAAAAACGCGAGUGUUUCUGCAGAACAGCUGCUGCACACAUCAGCUGCUGGGAUGAAGGAUACGCAGAAGGCAGGUGUUUUGAAGGAUGCUGAUGCUGCCUUUGUUCCUACGGUCACUGCUGUUGCUUCAGCUCCAGAUCUCAAGUGGAUGGUCCUGUCGACUGACAUCUCUUCAGUGUCACCCUGCAGACAGCAGAAAACACAGAGCUCAUCUCACUCCACAGAUGCCAAAGCUGCUCGAAAGACCUUCACUGGCAGGAGAAAGGGGGCAAAGGAUCAGCUUUCUCCAGAGGAAGAGGAAAGAAAAAGAAUCAGAAGGGAAAGAAAUAAACUCGCAGCUGCCAAGUGUCGAAAUCGUAGGCGAGAUCUAACCAACAGCCUGCAAGCUGAAACCGACGGUCUGGAAGAAGACAAAGCGGCUCUGCAGUCUGAGAUCGCCAGCCUGCUGAAGGAAAAAGAGCGACUGGAGCUCAUCCUUUCAGCUCACAAACCACACUGUAAACUCACAGAGGAGACGGAGAAUGAGGAACCAGCUCCAGCCCAGGAGGAGAAGACUCAAGCUGCCAGUGUGCCAGAGCAGGUGCCCGCCUCGCCCCCGCAGGCCGAUCCCACCAGCGCUGCCAUCUUCGGGGACUCAGACGUCCUGCUGUGCUCCAGUGCUGAACUGGGCGCUGCCGAGGUGGAGCCGUACAUCGACAUGAGGGAUGUGUGCAUGGAAGAUAUCAGCAGUGUUAUAGACAGCGGCGAUGACAUGGAUCUGUUAGUGCCGGAUAUCGACCUGAGCAGCUCUCUGGGUCUCAGCGAAUGGGAAACGCUGUAUAUGUCGAUGGGCGGCGGGCUGGAGCCUCUGAGCUCGCCCACAUGCAGCCCCAGCACCGAUGCUGUGCCCGUCUUCAACUUUACUGACGCAGAUGCUGAGGAUCAUGAUACCGGUAAAGAAGAGGGAAAAUCAAACGCAGCCAAAGAAAUGAUGACGACUUUAUGAAGGGUUCUGGAAAGCCACAGUGUAAAAAUAUAGAUCUGUUAAUUAGCAGUUUCCAUAUGUUGUGAUUCAAUUCAGUUCGUCUUUAAUUAUUUCUAUAGCGCUUUAACAGUGUAGAUUGUGUCAAAGCAGCUUACGAAGUUCAAGUAAAUUUAAACUGCUCCAGUCCAGUUUUCAGAGUUCAGCUUAGCUCAGUUCAGUGUGGUUUAAUUUCCACUGCUGAACACCAAAAC